AUGACAAGAGCAGAGGUUGCUAUAAUAAACCAAACGUCAGAUCUUCCUUUGCAACUUCAAGAAGAAUUUGGUUUUACAUGGUCUUUGUUUGUGAUCAAUAUACCGCACCAGUUUAAAAAUGUAAAUACAAAGAAAAAGGUGACUAAUUCAAGCUCGACCCCAGCACCUUUUACCGUGGCGUCGAAAAGGCGCUGGCACAGGCUGGUCACGUGGGCAUCAAAUGAACCAGAUUCUGGAGAAGGACACCACGUUAUAGCUGUUUUGCCUACUGGGUUUGGUAAAUCGUUAAUUUAUCAACUUUUACCCGACUUUGUUCCAGAACGAAAGGCAGGCAAUAUUGUACUUGUUGUCUCUCCUUUAACAUCAAUUAUUCAAGAUCAGUUAGUAAAUUUAAGUAAAGUAGGCAUUGAAUGUGGUAUCUUACAACUCGAAGACCAAGCUAAUAGCCAGAGAUACGAACCCUUGUUUGAGGAAGAUUUGAAUGAUGCAUCAAAUUCUGUUUUUAAAAUUUCAAAAAGCAUUGUUGCAGGCAAAUGUAAAAUUUUAUUUGCACAUCCAGAGUCUCUGUUAUCAGAUCAGGGAAGGAAGAUAUUACGAUCAAAAAUUUAUGAGGAAAAUGUUGUGGCUUGUGUGAUAGACGAGGCGCAUUGUGUGGAAUUAUGGGGUGAAGAAUUUCGUACAGAAUUUCAAAACUUAUCAGUUUUUCAAGCAUUCUUCCCUCACAGUAUCAUGUUAGCUUUGACUGCAACUGCUUCACCAACGAAAUUACGUAAUUUAAAAAAAGCUUUGAAAAUAGAAAAUUGCAAAGUGGUUACUGCAAAUCCAAAUCGUAAAAGCAUUUUUUUAAAAAAGAAAUAA